GUCCGACAGCAGAGCCGACGCCAAGCACUUGACCCACCUAUCCACGGAUCGGAACACAUAUAAACCUCCGAUCCGACUUCAAGAUAUAAACUUCUCCAACUCCACACGAAUAAGCUUUCUACCCUCCCGGCCUCCUAACUCCUCUUCCAUCUCAAAUCCCAUCGCAUCCCAACUCUACCCCAGCCCCCACCAACAUGCCCCCCGUCUACAAAGUCCUCGCCUUCCUCUACCCCACCGCCGACAUCCUAGAUUUCUCCGGCCCUAUAGAAGUCUUCUCCACAAAUCCACCCCCCGGAACCCCCCAUUCCUUCGAAAUCACAACCUUCGCCCAUUCUACAUCCGUCAAAGCUGCAGCAGGAGCUCUAACAUACCAUCCCGACAUACUCUUCUCCACCGCCAAAACCCAACUCGAGAAAUACGACAUUCUGCUCGUACCGGGCGCGCAUCCGGACUUCCUAGUGAAGUAUUUAGAUAGUAAGGAAGGGAAAGAAUUCACGGCAUUGGUUGCGCGGUUUGCGGGGUUGAUGCCCUGUCCAAAGACGAAAACUGACGGGGGCGGACAUCGUAUUGUUUUCUCUGUCUGCACUGGCGCAUUUUUUCUCGCUGCGGCGGGAAUUUUAAAUGGCAGGACUGUGACGACGCAUCACAUGGGCUUGGAAACCAUCAAGAUGAUCGCGGAUCAAGCAGCGGGCGGGGAGUCCGGGAUCCAGGUUGUGCGGAAGAGGUGGGUGGAUGCGGGGGUUACGGAACAGGAAGUGAGGAUUGUGACGGCGGGAGGGGUGACGAGUGGGUUGGAUGCGUCAUUAUGGGUUGUGGAGACUGUGGCGGGGAAGCAGGUUGCGGAUUGGGUGGCGGAGAUUGUGGAAUUUGAAAGGAGGGAGCAGGAAGAUGGUUGGGGGGUAGAGGAAGCGAGAAGAUAGUUGGAAUGAGUAGGGGGAAGUGGGGUAGGUGGUUGGUAUGGAAUAUUGGUAACGGUGGUUUGGGUUUGGUUCAUGAUACAAGUGUUAUGGCUGCAUAAAACAUAUGAAAGAGGGCAAGUUCAAUUAGUUGGGAGAAUUAGAGAAAUUUAGGAGCUCAACGAGCUCAA